AUGGUGAUAUGUGGCUGGUGUGCGGAGUCCUUCGCCGACAUGCUUUCCGACUUCGCCACCUGCAAAUCCAUGCAGCUUCCCACUUCCGAGGGACUUGAUCUGCUUUGCUCGCUUUUUGAAGCCGCUCAAAACAUCUAUGGGAUCUUCGAACUUUGCGAAUUGGUUAUUUCCUUUUUCUUUUUCUUCUCAACUAUUCCUUCAGAUGGUUCCUUGGAUGUUGCCUUGCGAAAAGGUUGUCCGUACGCUGGCGUCGGAUUGUAUUCCUGGCAGUGUUGCUGGUCAACUUUGCUAUGUUUUUGUGGCUUACAUGAGCAAGCACUGGCAAAUGUUUUUGAUGUGCGAAAGAGCUCCAAUUAUUGUAAAUUUGUGAGUUUUUAAAGAAUUACGAGUUCAAACCGAUGAUUUGAUUUCAAUUUCAGUAUGUUUCCGAUUUUCUUUUUGUGCAUUUGUUGAAAAAUAGUGUUAUUUGGCGCACUUUAAAAUCUUUUUUCUCUUGAGAGGUAAAAAAAGAGCUCAUCUACUUCAGAAUUUUAACUUUGAGGCGUGAACUAAGUAUAAAGCAAGGUCUUUUUUCCCAUUUUCUUACAACAUUUUCUCAUAGUUAAGUCAAUAUUCGUAUCCAAAAAGUACCCAACAAGCUUUCUCAUCCCAUUUUUCCAAAGUCAAAAGACGAUUUUCUGCAGGCUGUAUGAAGUCGUGGAAAAACCAAUUCGUGCCCGAGAUUAUCCGAUAACGAGCUGGAUUCGUUGCAUUGCCGCUUUUGUCUUCAACGCCAAGCAGCACCUCGAAAGAGUCUUUUCCUCUCUGAAAUAAUUUUCAAUAAUCUUUGUUUAAGUUAACCCCGUUCCAUCUGAGCGGCUGUGCCGCAGACUUUCAACGGGUAUUUGAUUUUGGACUGGGUUACACAAACGAGGGGCCGCGCAGAUUCAAUGAAAAUUUUCAAGACUUUUUUGAUAGUCCUAUGUUGUGAGUUGAACUCUGAAAAUGACUCUUAAAAUGAAUUUUGUGUUUCAGACGGUUUUAUUCUUAUCACGAGUACAAAAGGCGUCUUCUUGAGUUUGAUACGGCUGAUAAUCGAUAUUCCUUUGUGGUCAGCGCAUUAAUUGCUGCAAGGGUUUGUUGAAACUGGAGAACGCUCCAAAAUGAAUGGAGGAAUUUAGAAUACUGGACGCGAUACUGAUAGACUUUGUGAACUUGCUACUUUUUGCGGACAUGUUUCUGCACAAAUCCCUGAAAUGGCGGAUGAAUGGGUUAGUAAUCCCACAUUCUCUUUAGCUUAUUUUGUUCAUUGUUUCAGGUUGGAGCCAUCAAAGCUUUGUGCUGUUUUUCCGUUGAAUACCAUCACAUGCGAUACGCUGAACUCUACGAGAUUUACGUAUGUUUUCAAUGGUUUCUAGAAAUUCGAAAAUUCAAGGUCUUGGCCAGAAUGAUAACUGAAAGCCAAUGUUUCAGUUGACGGAUUGUCCCUCGCAUUAUCCAUUGGCGACGUUCAUUAUGCUGCUGGCCGGCAAAAUGGCGUUCAGUGUGCCUCGCUUGUGUGCCGAAAUCCUCAACUACGUGCUUCCUUUGAUGAUGAGAAAAGACGGGAGAAGAGAUACGAUUGGUAUAAAAUUAAAGUAAAAAGAAUCAUAAGAAGGUCACUUUCAGGGCAAACCGAGAGUGAACCAGGAGUUUGUUUGGCGCUGCUCAUUUUGGCCAACAUUUGCUGCAAAACUGACGAGCCAUUCAUUUGUUCGUUUCUUUUUAUUUUUUCUCAAAAUGAUCCUUUUCAUUUCAGUGGCAGAACAUUUUACUGGAACCAACGAGAAACGGAAACUUUUGGAUAAAAAUGCCGACGAAUUUUUCCUUUCAUUGAUCCACUGGUUUGUUGUCUUUUUUAAUUAUUUUGUCAAUUUCGUGCUAACAGGACUCAAAUGGACUCUGUGAUCUUUCCGAUCGUCAGCAACAUUGCCAUACUGCUUGACUCUCUUAGAGGCAGAUAUCGCGAUUUCGAGUUGGUUCUUUCACAAAGAACGUUUUAAGAGCUUGUUUCAGCCUUGAGCUAACGAUCUACCCGCUGACGAUGGAAUACCGCAGAGAAUAUUUUAUGAAUAUUGCCAAAUGGGUUCACACUUCAAUCUGUGAACAGGAAUGGGUCCGUCAUAAGAUGUUCCAAAUAGUGCAGUCGAGAAAUAUGGAGGCUUUCAAUCACGACAGGUUGAAGCAAAACUGUUUGGUGAGUUCAUCGCAAAAGUUUCCGAUCUAUUUCUGGUGUCCCAGGGUCAACAACUUCUGAGACUUUGUACAAGGAAUAAGUGCGAGAGAGAAAUAGUUCACGAGCUUUCCAUUUGCAAUGUGAACUCCAAAAAAGCGCUCAUUGACCGGCUUCUUUCCGGAGUGACACUGUGGAAUUUGAGAGCCACUAUGUUUGAUCUCAUGCUCAUGAUCAAGGAGGUAUACGAAAAAAACUUUAGAAAAAAAUUAUAAAAGUUUUUCAAAUGUAGAUUUCUCCCGACGGCGCUCAACGGCACGCUCAACAAGGAGCGAUUGCUGCCGACGCGUUGAUGAGUGAAAUUGGAAAGUGUGGUCGGGAUAUUUUUCACCGGAGCUCAUAAAAAAAGUCAAUCAACCUGCCGAGUGGAAUGGUUAAUAUAUCUUUGUCAGAUUUUAAAAAAAUUGAAACAAAUGAAUUUCAGUCCAUCUACGAUUUUCGAUUUUGUGACAUCAACAAGUACUGGCUGAUCGGCCCUCUCAUUCGGCUGUGUCCUCAACCAACGAAUGUUCCAAACCAGUUCAAUUCGUUAUCGGUAUGAUUUCGUUCUGAUUUCAAGCUUCAAUAACCAGCUUAAGGUGGCUGGAAAGUUUCUGAAAGAGGCGGCUUCUAUGCUCGAAAUCACGGUUGAUGCUUCAAAGGAGAGGCUGCAACAGAGGUAAUAUUCCUUCAAUAAAUAUUUUUGUUUCAAUAAUGUUUCUAUAGUUUUUCUCAAGGAAAUAAUCUCAUUUGUAACAAAACUUUUCAGUGCUUGGCUUCUCAAUCAGCCGACUUUCAUCAACUUGCUCAUGUCGUGUCUGAAAGCGGAAAAAAGUCAACAAAGUCGCGACGUUUUCGUCAACGCUUUGUUCUCACAAUUCCAAGCUAUCAUCAACAGGACUCGGAUGGUUUGUUAUAUCUUCACAAAUAUAAAAAUUGAAAUCGUUCACCUUCUCGAAAUCCUGUUUAGUUGAAUACGAUAGUUUGAAAACGUCGGCCCGAAAUCUUUCCUGGGCUUUCUUGAAGUUUUAUCUCGCGAAAUGAUAUUUCAUUAUGGGUUCGGCCAAUUUUUCAUUGCCUUUUAAUUAUUUUUAUGUUUUUUCUAUUGCCUCCCUCUCUUCAAUUGUGUAUUGAAAUGAAAAAUAAAAAACAUUCCAAACAUUAGAGGAUAAUUCUCUUCUCAUUUUUGUCGGCUUUGUUGGCUCACAAUCAGCCAGAUUAAUUAUGAUUUUUUAUUUGAUCAGAAAUUAAUUAUUGAGUGAUUAAUUGCAGCAGCGAAGUCAGCCGAUCGGCCGACCGGGCUUCGAUAAGUUUGCGGAGUUCAGAGAAGCAAUGUUACUGCGACUAUCUCUUGUUGGAUGCAUUUUUGAUGAGGUUAUUGAUUUUAAAAAAAAGCGGAAACUUCAUUUGCUUACUUCAGUUGUGCCGACCAAAUCAGAGCGACGGUUGGAGUCAUUUGUUCUUCCAAAUAAUGUUGCAUGGCGUCAUCAACAUUGAUAGAGAACGGUUAGAGACUCUUCAUAAUAUCACCAAGAAAAACUGAAUUCUAGAGUUCUCUUCGACACUUGCUACGAUAUGCUGUCAACCUUGAUGCUUUGGACUCUGACGGACCCUUCGACUUCGACACAAAUCCCACAAGAAGGCGAUCAGCCCAGAUUCCGCUGGCCUUCGUACUCCGCUAUCAUCAAACGUUUGAGGGUGAAUAUAUCAAUGAUUUUUCACCUCACCCAAAAAGAGUUCGAAAACAGAAAAAUUAUAACUAUCAUUCAUUCUCCUGUAUUUCGUCUCUUUCAGUAGCAAGAAAAUCAAAAAAGCGCUGAAAACUCAUUUUUUCUCAAAUUAGGGUAUGUUGGGCACAGAAAAUACUAUCAUGAAAGGUCUUUAGUUUUUGGUUGGCAUUUUUCUUAAAAUAGGUCAAAACACUUUUUGAUCUGCCAGAAGAAAAAUCCGAAAGUCAAAAUCUGCACAACUUCUUAGUUUCUGAGAAAGGAUCUUUCAAAGUCAAAAAAAAACCCUUUAAAUUUUUAGAAAACGGUUAUUUUGCGGCUUUGAACCUUUAAAAACUAACAAGAUGUGCAGAUUGAGACUUUCAAAACUUGAUAGUGUACAUCAAAAGUGUUCUGGCCAAAUUUCAAGGAAAUUCCUUUUUUUAAUUUCAUAAUCCUUUUCUCUUUUUUUCAAAGUCUUUUUAUGCUUCUGAGUUCACUCUCUGAUGCUUCGUUAACAUUUUGAUUAGUUAUAUCAUUUCUUCAUAACAAAAAAAUCAUCAAAACGACUUUUCGACGCGAUAUCUUCUGUUACUGAAAAAGUCCGAGUUUGGGACCGUGAUAGACAGCAAUUCUUAAUCCAAGUGGUUAUGUUUUCUUUUUGAAUAUUUUUAGCUUCUUAAUUAUUGCUUCGUUCAAGAUUUUUCGAAAUAGUCGAUUCGAUACCUGUACUUCUUUUCUGAGACUCUCUCUGUUUCAGAAAGAGGCUCAAGAACAGCGAAUACCAGUCGAACACCGUUCCUUGCUGCAUUUCAUUCCCAUUCCAAAGAGCAGCAUCGAUGUGAUUGCCUGUGAUAAGUACGGAAACCAGGUGAACACUGUUGUUGUGAAGGUUUGCAUGCGAAUGUUGUUUGGUCUAACUGUGUUGGUUGGACUUGCAGAACAGAGCUCCGAAAACGCCGAUGAUUUUCCCCGGGACUCGAAGAGGUCGUGUGGCUUUCCAACCUUACGAGAAAAUCAAACUCACAAUCUUCGAUUUUCUCACUGGUUAUACUCCGGAUCAAAAUUCGAAAAGCGGUUGGAAGUGGGCCUGGUUCCAGGUGAGCGUUUUUUUCUUAUGAACGGUCGGAAGAGAACGUGAUAUUCAGGCGUCGCGACUUGAUCGAUACCCGAUUGCCAUACAACGGAACAUCUCGCGAGUGUUCUCACACAAGCACUAUUUGGAGUAUGAGCGACCAUCUCUGGUAAGUCUAUCUGAAACUCCUUCAAGGAAAUCAGAGUUGCAGGGAGUGAACAUAUCAGAAUAAGUUAUUCAAAACUCUUUUUCCAAAAUCUCUUUUCUCCUUUCUCAGUAAAUUCUUAAUGUUUUAGGUUCCUAUUUUUCUUUAUUUUGUAUCAUUCCUACAUUUCAGAAUGCUUUUUUUGCCAAUCUAUUUCAUCCUAACACGGCAGAAAAUAGUAAUAUAAAUGGAGUUCGUUUCAGAAGCGGAAACUACAAGAUCACACUCGUAGAAUUCUUUGAAAGAGUUAACAAAUUAUCGUGUUGCUCACCAAUUACUCUUAUUAUUUUUGUUCCAACAAAGGUGAUUUUCGACCUCUACGAGGAAUAACAUUAACUUGAUUAGAGGUUUGCGUGCUUCGUCGAGAUUGUUAAAAAGCACGUGAAUUAGUAUUGGAUAAUGCCACAAAUGUAUUAUUAGUUUCUGUUUUGAAAAAGUUCUAGAUCUCCACAUUUCAACAAUGUGUGAUCCAUUGUUUUUUUCAAAUUUGUGGAAGGCUACGAAAAAUUCAUUUUUCACAUUUUUUUCAAGUUUAAAAAAAUUAAGCAUCAAUUAUUAAAAGCAAGUUGGUGAUAGCCGAAUCGAAACUAUCAGUCUUGUUUUACAAUUUUCGAAAAAUAAUACUUUGAAAUGAAAAUAGUGAAAAACUAGUAGCAACAUCAUUUUUCACUUCCCAGAAAGAUUAAUACCUGAAAAUGCACAAAAAGCAGUUUUCAUUGCUCACGGGGAAAGUGCAAUGCGACGCAGAUUCGAGACUUGCUAAAAAAUAUUGUGAGAUGCUCUUUGACGCCAAAAACUUUGCUUUUUUUGAAACGCAGCGAUAGGAUUUUAAUUUUCGGGCGUUAUGACUCAGCCGAAAAGCAGAAAGCGGUAUAAAAGUUUUCUAAUUGGGAUCAGAGUUCUUCAAAGUACAUCUCUUCAAGUUUUCAGCAAACCCCUUUUCCUUUUGCACUUCCCUUCUUAGGGCGUUUACAAACAUUAAAAAGAAGGUUUUCCCAGUUUUCUCAUUUGAAAAAGCCAUAGCCCACUUAUCAUUCUCCCUGCAAUCUUUAAUUGCGCAAUAAGUGUGCUGGGUAAAUUAUUGCGUCACAAUUUUCUUUCCAUUUGUCGUCUUCGAACAAUUACAACUCAAGCCUUCAUAUUGACAUUUCAGGUAGCAACAGAAGCUGUAAAGGACGAUAUCUUCCUGGCAGCGCCGGAUGUGGAGAUAACCGGAGAAAUUCGACCACCUACGCCACCAGAAGAUAAAGAGAAGGACAAGGAGAAGGAGAAAGAGAUCGAGGCUGAGAAAGCAAAGACAGAGAAAGAGGACAGCAAAGAGGCGGCGACUCCUCCCGCCGUCGCGGUAGGCAAUUUGUUUCAACUUUAGUUUUGACGCCGCUUUUGCAGCAACCGGCCGCGUCGGCGUCGACAACGCCGAAGCCAGACACGCCUGUGACGCCAACGCCGGUCGUCCCCGAAGAGCCCAAGAAAUCGCCGGUUCCAGAGCGAGUCAAUCCCAAGAACGAGGCGGUAGUCAGCACGCCAACUCCCGAACCCACCAUCGACUCCAUUACGCCAGAAAAAAGUCAGAUUUCAGUUCCGCAGGCUUUUUCUAAAGCUCAGAGUUUGAGAAUGAACUAUAAAAAAGUUUCCAAGUUUAUCAGUUAAUAACUAAUGAGAAUGUUUAUUUCAGUCGUUAGUUUUUAUUGAAUAACUUAGAAUUUAAAUUUUAUAAUUCGUAUCUAAAAAAAACUUUUUUUCCGACAUUUUUGAUUUUUUUGAACAUUUUUUUCUUAAAUUUCUGCUGUGAUAUUCGGAGACUAUGACUGAUAUUGCUUUUGGUUGAGAAAUGAACUCCCUAGAGUAUGCGAAUAAUUCUCUACAUUGGCGAAGAGUACCAAAUAUUUAAUGAAAAAAAUGUUCAAUAAAAAAAUAACAUUAUUCAAUAUUCGCCUUUUUCAAAUUAUGCAUUUAAAAAUCGCCACACCCCACAACCAAAUUUUUUUAUAAAAUUUUUCAUGUCGGGACGUGUUCAAACGGCUUUUUUUAUAAAAAGCUAUUUUUUUCUUGGUCUGUUUUUUUCUUUCUCCUAAGUGCAUUGACAAAACAUUCGCAGCUUUUUGCAGAUACUCAAAACAUAAUCCAGAAAAAAAUAUUGAAAGUUUUCUCGGAAACCUAGUUUUUUUUUCAAUUGUCAAUGAAAGCUAAAACCUAUGAAAAUUAAAAAACAAAUUAUCUAGUUGCGCCGGGAGUCGCUCCUCAGCCAAUCACGGCUUCUCCUUCUCGGGGCAGCCGCGGUGGAACGACGCGGAAACGGACUUCAGGUGCAGGUCGAUCCGCAGGACCACGGAGCAAGAGGGUCAGUUUACUCCAAAGUAGAGCACUAUCUCGAAUAAGACAUCAGAUUUGAAGCUUCAAUCUUUGAAUAUUCAUGAAAGCUGCAUAAUCCGUUGUACAGUAAAAUUGAAGCUUUCUGGAGCUUUUGUAACUGUAAUACGGUUUUUUUUUUUUUUUUUUCAAGUUGUUUGAAUAAUUUUUCCAAAAGUCAUUUCUUUAUUACACAAAAGUACAAAUCAAGUUCAUAACUAUUCUUAUCUCAGGCGGCUUCGCGGAACGAAAAUACUACAGCUGCCGCAUCCCCAAAAACCAGUCUCAAAAUGCUCCUGCGCAACAUCCUAGCGGAUGGCACGGCCAGUCUUCCAAUACUUAUCAACAAAUGGUAAUUAUCACUUCGUCUGAAUUCGAAUUUUUAAGUCGAAAAAAAACCAAAUUAUAUGACUUUCAGUCUUCUUCUCAAGCACCGAUCACCAAUGGAGCAAGCGUCGAAGCAAAGGCUAACAUCAGAAAUCUUCUGAAGAACAAACAAGAAAAGCGAAACUGUAAGUUUUUCAAUUUUGAGAUUGAAGUUUGUCUGUAAAAGUUUCUCAUAAUAUAUUUCAGUUGAGUUUCUUUUUUUGAAUAGUUUUUGAAACCUUGUCCGGUUUUCACGAUCUAAUCUCAAGCGCAUUUUCCAUUCUCAUUUUCUAUAAUUGAAAGUUAUCACAGAGCGACAAGAGCCUAAGAGCCAUUUUGAGAUUAUCCUAGUGUCACGUGGUUCGAACCUCCCCUAAUCUGAGUCAAUUUUUUUCUCACCCAUUAGUCCGUUUCUGUGAUUUCCAGUUUUUUUUACUUUUUGAGAAAAAAACAAAUUUGCUUAUGAAAAAGACAUACGGAAAAAAAGAUUUCGAAUUUCUCAGAAAAAAAUUCAACAAACUUUAAAUCACUGGUAGUUGAGUAAAAGACUCAUUUUACGAGGUUUUUCAGCGGUUGUUGCUCAACCGAAUGCUCCGUUGCUGCCCGUGCAGCAGACGCCGAAUCAGCCGACACAACAGCCAACUUCUCAGGCUCAACAUGCAUCUUCGACAGCUCCACCGCAGCUUGUUCCUCAACAAGCUCCGACCCAACCUCCGUUUCCGCCGCCAACUUCGACGCAGAAACUAUCGAAACCCAUGCAGUCUCAUCAGCCUUCACAGCCGCCAGCUGCCAGUGGGCCGUUAGGAGGAAUGCCGACGUUGCCGCAGGCGAUCCCACAAUCCCAGCAGCAGACUGCGCCGCAGCCAGUGGCGCAGGCUCCGCAAUCUUCGACGCAGUCUUUACCGCAGCCAACGACGCAGGCUCCUCAAACGUUGAAGCCGACUGCUCCUCAACUUACGCCACUAACAAUGCCGCAAACAUUGAAUCAGCCCGCUGCGAAACCAAGUUCGCAGACGCUCUCGCAGUCAAGUUCGCAGUCGAAGAUGCCGCAGUUACAACAGUCGAUGCACGCUCAACCUCAACCUCAACAGAAGCAGACAAUGCAUGGCCUUCAGCCGCCACCCAUGUCACAGAGCCUGAACCAGCCUUCUCAGCCGACGAUUCCGCCACCUGCCUACAGCAGCGAGUCCUAUCAGAACCCUCAGCUCCAUCAACAACAACACCAAUCUCAAUCUUCUCAACAACCUAAUAUCCAGCAGCAAGCUUAUCAGCAUAAUCUUCAACAACAGUCCCAAGCUCAUCAUUAUCCUCAGUCGAAUCUUCAUCAAUCUCAAGCCCAACAUCAACAUCAACAGCAAUCAUCUCAUCAUCUCAAUCUCCAGCAGCAAGCUCAUCAACAUAAUCUCCAACAACAGUCCCAAUCUCAUCACCAGCCUCAGUCGAAUCAGCUCCAUCAAUCUCUAGCCCAACAUCAGCAGCAACCUCAGCAACAGAUGCCACAAAGAGGUACGGUUCACAAACACAAAAAAUAAAUGAAUAAAUACUUCAGAUUUUCAAUCUUCCCUUGGUCAACCGUUGCCUCAAAAUCCACCUCAGUUUGCUCAGCCGGCUCUUCCACCACCCAGAACAUCUUUGGGAACUGCAAACGGUAGGAUUUUCCGAUAGGUCACUGAUUGUUGAACUCAAAUUCCUUCCAUAGUUCGAUAAAUAUAAAAACUUCUACUAUUUUUGACAUUCUUGCAAAAUUCACGGUGUCAAUGAAAUAUUUUCGGAAAAGAUUUUCGAUUUUGUGCAGACCCUGGUUUAAAAAAAAAUGUGUCAAAAUUUUUUUUACAGUUUCUUCUCAACAAGGACACGGUGUGCAAUCAGCGCAACCUACUUCGCAGGCUUCAUACCAGCCAAGAAACAACGUGGGACAGUUCACAUCCCGAGACUCCUUCACAGGCGAACAGCACCAGCAACAACAGCAGCAACAGCAGCAGCACCACCAACAGCAGCAACAUCAACAGCAGCAGCAGCAUCUUCAACAGCAGCACCAACAGCUCCAGCAACAGCAGCAUCAACAGCAGCAACAACAGCAGCUACAGCAGCAGCAGCAGCAGCUUCAGCAGCAGCAGCAGCAACAGCAGCAGCAACAACAGCAAAGUGAGCAUUUUUCUUUUUGUAAUCUAGUUGUGAUUACAGUGUGUUCUUUGCUCAUGACUGAAGUCCGAAUAUAAUGCUCUUUUUCAUUCGGAAAAUCCUUGAGAAACUUUCCUCCUUUUUAGAAAUGAUUUUCUCUCUGAAAUCGCUUAAUCAUGUUGAGGGAAAAUUUCUCACAUUUUCGAAAGAAAAAGUAACGAUAUCAGCUUACUCGGUUUGGAAUUUUUUUUUGAAAAUUUCACAGAAAAUCAAAACGAUGUCUUACUCUUAUUAGUGGUGAACAUAAGUAUCAAAUCGAAAAAAAAUUCAAAAUUUACAAAAAAAAAGCGUGUUUUUUGGAGUGGUCAACUCCAUUUAGGAUUCAUCAACAAAAAGAAAGAAUCUGUGGUCCAAAAAUUGAAGGAAUUAGCAGUAGACAGUUCGAACAAUAAAGUUACUUUUCCGUCUUUUUGCGUUCUAUUCAAAUUAAAUAUCGUGUCAAUUUCAGGUCGUGCGAGCGCCUUCCCGAUGCAGAAGCCCACUCAGAAUCUUCAACCUUCGCAACAGCCUCAGGCUCAUGCUGGAAUGACACAAAGCGGAACGCAUGCAAAGCCUCAACAUCCGCUGGGCGGAAUGAACCAGCACAUGUCGGGAAUGUCGCAGCCCGUUUCUCAUCCUGCUGCACAGUCGCUGAAUCAACCUCAGGCUGUAAACCAACCGCUCCAACCUCCUCAUUUGGCGCCUCAGGUGCAGUCCCAGCUGGCAGGAUCUCAUGGACAAGGUCAUGCCGCAAUGUCUCAGGCGGCGCAAAACCAACAACUGUCAAAACAGCCACCUACUCUGCAGCCUCAACAAAUGUUGAACCAACAGCAGCCGAAUCCCAUGCUCCAACAGAGACCGGUUCCCACUCAGGCAGUACAGCAGACGCCUCCGAAGCAGGUACCGCCGAUGAUGCAGCAAGGCACGUCUCAUCCCCAGAAGCCUGUCCAACGACCGCAGCAAAAUUACUCCGAGCAGAUUCAACCGGCGCCUCAACAUUACCCUCAACAGUCUCAACCACAGCAACCUCUUGGUCCUUCACAGCAGCAGCUUCAACUCCAGAGGCAGAUGAAACUUCAACAAAUGCAGCAACAAUCUGGCGGACAAACGGGUUAUCAACCAGGUCAAGCGGCUCCUGCUGCUCAGCAAUAUCCGGCUCAACAACCGCCAUUGCAUGCUCAGCCACACUAUGAGCCACAGCAGUAUCCGAGUAUCCAACAGAGGCCGUCUCAAUUGCAGAACCAACAAGCUGCAGUCCAGCAGCAAGCACUGCACCAAGCAUCGGCUCAAACUCAGCAUAUGGGCCAACCUCAAGCUCAGCAACAGCCGAUUCAGCCGCCCAACAUCCAGCAUCAGUCCAUGCAAAACGUUCAGCCGCAGAAUAUUCAGCAAGCUCAGAUGCAGCCGACUUCCUUGCACCAACCAUCUCUUCAACAGCCCGGAUUACAUCAGUCUGGUUCGCAACAGGCAGGAAUUCAUCAAGCAAACGUGCCUCACUCCUCUGCUCAGCACUCUGCAAUGCCCCAAUCUUCUCUGCAGCAUUCCAAUAUGUCUUCUGGGAUUCAACAACAACCUGGCUUACAAAACACCGGUGUACCUCACCCGAGUUUCCAACAAGCGGACAUGCAUCAACAGCAAUCAUCUCGACAACAUCAUUCUCAGAUCCACCAUCAGAAUCAAAUUCAACAGCAGCCCACACAAAUGCAGGCAACUCAGCAAGGUGUCCAACCAACUCAACACUUUCAGUCUUCCCAAGGUUACAUGCAGAAAAAUGUCAACGUGGCCGCUACGCUUCCUCAGAGCCAUGCUCAAGGUCAAGCCCAAGCUCAGCAUCCAGCUCAAGGACAAAAUCCAAUGGGUCAAAACCCCAUGGGUCAACCGCACUAUCAACAACCCCAAAACACACAGUUACAUCAAGCGGUUAAUCAUCAAGUCCCUCAGCAAAAAGCAGCGCCUGGACAAGCCGGUUUGACGCAAGAUCCACGAUUGGCUGCACAUCGUCAAGCCAUGGAUCAGCGACAAGCCAUGAGUCAACGCCAAGCCAUGGAUCCGCGCCAAACCAUGGAUCCACGUCAAGCCAUGGACCCACGUCAAGCCAUGGAUCCGCGCCAAACCAUGGAUCCGCGCCAAACCAUGGAUCCGCGCCAAGCCAUGGAUCCACGCCAAGCCCUAGACCAACGGCAAGCUAUGGAUCAACGCCAAGCCAUGGAUCACCGUCAAGGAAUGGACCAACGCCAAGGAAUGGAUCAAAUGGGAAUGCAGCACGGCCUCAAUAUGAAUACAGGAUCUUAUGGGCAUGAUCCAAGAAUGAACUUAGAUCCUCAACGAAUGUCGAGCCAUCAACAACUCUUGGGACAGCAAAAUCCUCAAACUCAAGUUCAGCAACAUGGAACUCUUGGUCAACCCGCUCCAAUGUCUUCUCAUCAUCAGACUUCCAGCUCAGGAAUGCAGCAGUCGAUGAUGGCUCAUAACCAGCAGACAUUGCAACCACAGAUUCCAAAUCAGUAUCAAAGUCAGCAUCAAGGAUCUGGACAGGGACACAUGAUGAGACAAAGUCAAUUGCAAAGUCAAAUGCAAAGCCAACACAUGCCAAGUCAAGUUGCUAGCCAUGCUCAAAAUUUGGGAAUGCACAGCCAUUCUCUUGGUCAGCACGACACCAGACAGCAGAUGAAUCAAAUGCAAGCUUCGCACCAAGGAAUGCCUGGAUACGGAAAUCAGCAGUCAUUGCAAAGUCAAGACCCGUCGAUGGGCCAACAACGCUAUCCGCAGCAGCCUGGAUUGGGUCAUCAGCAGAUGAUGGGCGGGAUGGAGCAGCAGCCUCAUGUUCAACCUCAUGCUCAACCAGUUCAACAGCAGUAUCAUCAGCAGUAUCCUCAGCAGAACGCACAACAGCUCCAACAACAGCCGCAGAUGUCUCAGAGCGCGAUUCAACAGCAAAUGAGCAAUUACUUCAUUCCCAAUGAUCAAAGGUAUGAUUUUCUUGUCAUUUACCGUCAAAGUAUUACUUUAUUCUCAGACUGAAAUUUUUUCAUCGCGUUUUGUAGAAAGUAAAGUUGUAGUACCGUCAGAGAAAAUACGAAAAAACGGGGUUUCGGUCACAAUUUUCUCAUGAGGAAUUCAAUUUUGCUGAAAUUUUCUGGGGUUUGAUGACUUUUAUUUUCAACACAUUGAUAAAAUUCCAGUUCACAGAAAAAAAGCAGCUUCAGAAACUUUCAAGAAGAUUGAGUUCCUUAAAAAAAAGUUGUGAAAGCCGCGAUUUUUCGUUUUUCGUCUUCUCUGACAUUACUGUAGCUAUCAAGUUUUUCUAUUAUUUUUUUCCACGAAAAAGUUUUUUCAAAUUAUAGUGAAGUUAGAUAAAAUUAUGAGCCAAAAAUUUGAGGAUUUUUGAAAAAAAGGAGAAAAAAAGGUUAUGAAUCGUCUCAAAAUCCUUUUUUCAGGAUGCCACCUUCUUAUGGUCAUCCCCAGCAACAGCCUCCUCCUCAGCAGCAGCAGCCGCAUCCGCAGUACGGUCAACACAACAUGGGACCUCAUUAUUAG